AUGCGGCCACGCACAACGACAACCACUACGCCGGACAAACAGCCCCCAAGAUACAGCCUGGCCCCCAAGUCCUCGAUAUCCGAUCCCAAUAUUAUCGCCCGCGUAUCGAAAUGGCUUUGGUCGUGCCGGACUACUGCAACUACAACUAUAGACACUAGCGCAAAGGCCGGCGCAACUGCCGAUGUGGAGCACGAGAUCCGAUCUAGCUCGUCCGACCACCACCACGCCGUCGAGAAUGCUUUCCCCUGUCGCGCGUGCCAGGCCUGGGGCGUUGAGUGUGACCGGCAGAAGCCGCGCUGCACCCACUGUCUCGAUCAGCAGAUUCUGUGCUUCUACGUUGAGCCACUGCGGGUGACGAUGAAGCGGUCGAAACUGGAACAAGCCCAACAAAAAGCUGUUGCCUAA